AUGCUCUGUGAGCCUCAGUCUCGGGUCACAUCACCAUUCAUGUGUCCUCCUCUUCCCAUUCUUAUGCAGUUUAUCUACCGAUUCACAUGGAGACCAAACCCAAUCAAACCUCCCCCCCGGAUCGUGAAGACAAGUGCCCUGGAGGAGGAGCUUCACUCCCUACUGAAGGUGAUCGCGUGGCCCCUGCCCCCAGUUAGGGCCAAUCUGCAGUUCUCCACCCAUCCCCAGACGUCAGCGUUCUCUAUAAUCCACCCCCGCGCCACUUAUGUUGUUGGAGAAAAGCUGGAGGUUCUCGUCACCGCCAAGGACCAUAGGGGGCGACUGAAGAGCUACGGGGGCGACUUCUUCUACGCCAAACUUCAUUCCCCGAGCAUGAAAGCUGCAGUGAGCGGAUUAGUCACCGACCACCACAACGGCUCCUACACGGCCUCCUUCAUCCUCCAGUGGCCGGGGGAGACCAUGGUCUCCAUAAAGCUGGUGCACUCCAGUGAGGCCAUCGCCAUCCUACAUGAGAAAAGGGCCACACGACCCGAUAAGUUCUUCUUUCAUGGAUAUUUUAUAAAGAACGGGACAGAAGAAGUGGUGGAAUGUAACGUGGAUCUCCCCGAGGACGAUGUCUGUGAAUAUUAUAAUGAACAUUAUGAGGAGCGAUGGGUUUGUCAGCGACCGAAGACCCUGCCAUGUGACUCCUACAGGGACCACUCAUCUGGGGGGGUCCGAGACGUCUUCACUGAAGAAGAGCAAGAAUUCCUGACAGAGAAUCUGAUUGGCCAAGAAAUUUCAUCAACAGUCAAGAAUCUCAAUGUUCUACUACAAAACAACAUCAGACCAGUCCACAGACCUUGCUCCCCUGGCCUUCAGACCCGGCACCCCUCCGGCUUCUAUUAUCAGGAUGUUUGGAUUUCCCUCCUCUGUUCCAACCAACAUUUCUAUGGUAAUAACGUGGCAAAAUGUCUCUCUGGAAAAAUGAUCUACAUGUUUGGGGACUCUACGCUGCGCGGCUGGUGGGAACAUCUGGUGAGGAAUGUACCAACUCUUGUGAAGAUCAGCCUCCAUGUACCGCAGCACCCGGGCCCGUUGUUAGCAACAGACGCAGAACACGACUAUCUCGUCCACUUCAGAGCGCACCAGAAGCCCCUGAGGAUGGAACGCACACGAGUGGAGGAGCUCCAUUACAUGGCAGAGGAGCUGGACGGACUGGGAGCCCGGGAGGGGAUGGUCAUCGUCCUGACCUGCUGGGCUCACUUCUCCACCUAUCCCAUAGAGGUCUACAUCCACCGACUAUGGCACAUCCGGAAGGCUGUGACUCGUCUUCUGGAACGAAGCCCCGAUACAAAGAUUUUCAUCAAAUCGGCAAACACUGGACAUGACUUUGUGUUGGUCAAUGAUUGGUUGUCCUACCAGAUGGACCUGGUGAUGAGAGCCAUGUUCUCCGAGUUGCCGGUGACCAUUCUAGAUGUCUGGGAGAUGACCUCAUGCCACCGACAACCAGAAUUCCUUCAUCCAGAAUGGAACGUUGUAAAAAAUGAGGUGGACCUAAUGUUGUCCUUUUUAUGUCCCUAGUAUUGUGGGACAAUACGUGGUGACUGAUGGCAGUGGAUCCUUCUUAUACUAAUACAAUACACUGAUGGGGGCCCAACCACCAAAACAUCUUAUGAUAGGGAGCUGGUGGUCAUGUCCCAUACCAGAGGACAAUGAGAAAUAUACAGCGUGCACCCAAAUCGUAUGAAGUGUAAAUGUGACACUUUAUUAGGUACUAAA